ACUAGAUGAUAACUAAACCAACCAAUAUUCUACAGUCUUGUAUCCAGCCUGUGUACAAUGAUACUGCAGUUCUCAGUUUAGUUCGUGUUGUCUUUUGUUGUGCAACUGUUGAUCUCUAAUUUGCUUCCAACAGAAAUUGCCUAUUGCGAAGGAAAGCAAUCUUCUGAUUGCCCAAUGUGAAUGCAGCCUUACGUUGACUUGGUGAAUAGCUAUGGCACUGGGAAAAUGUCAGAAUUAGAGAGUUGUCUUGAGACAAACAUGGAGAAGUUCAAAACUGUUUUGGAUGCUUCUUGUACAUGCCUGACUAGCAACGAAAUCCACUUCAAGAAUAUCAGGUUCAAGUCUUCAACAAAUAGAGGGCCUGGUUCUGCAGCACUCUACAGCUCCAAGCAGUAUAAUCUCAAUGCUGUGCCACUUACCGAAUCAGCUAUGCUUCUCAGCCCAUUGCAGGGAAACUUCCCAGGGAGGAAUUUAGGCUCAUUGCAAGAAAAGGGCCUACAUCACACAUAGUGGACACGUGAUCAUGGCCAGUGAGGUUGGUGUUGUAGACAUUUGCCAGAAGAUGUGGCUAGGAAAGGAAGACAUAUGAUCAGUCUAGAAGGGGACCUUACUGAAAUAGUUCAUGUGAAAGGCUAGGAAAGGAAGACAUUUAUAGUUUGUUUUGAAAACUUUAAAUAGACUAUUAAUUGUUUUGUUGAUAUUGUGCUAAUUGUUGUCUUGAUGAAUGUUAGAUUAUUGGGUAAUUCAAAUUCUUGUCAUUCAAUCAUAGGUUUUUGAUAGUUA